AAAUGAUUGAUUUCGAUCCUUCAACAUUUGGAUUAGCUCACACUUAUUAAAAAGAGGAUAAAGAUGAAAUCAAUACUUUAAGAAUGCCUAGUGCACCUUAAGUAAUAUAUAAAAGUUUAAAUGGUCCUACAUAAACAAAUGGAGGAAAUAAAUUAAAUAAUUUCAAACAUGGAACAACAACAUUAGGAUUUGUAUUUAAAGAAGGCAUUUUAAUAGCAGUAGAUUCAAGAGCUAGUAUGGGUAGUUUUUUGAGUAGUGAAUAAGUCCGAAAAGUGAUUGAAAUAAAUGAAUAUUUAUUAGGUAUGAAUAUUUUUGAAAUAAUAUAGGUACAAUGGCAGGAGGUGCAGCAGAUUGUUAAUAUUGGUUAGCUUAUUUAGCUAAUCAUUGUAGAACAUAUGAAUUAAAAAAUGGUAGUAAAUUAAGUGUUGCAGCAGCUUCUAAAUUCCUUUAAGGAAUUCUAAUUGGUUAUAAAAAUUCUGGUUUAUCAAUGGGUUGUAUGAUUGCAGGAACUGAUCUAUCUGGAUAACAUUUAUAUUAUAUAGAUAAUGAUGGUAUGAGAUUGAAAGGAGAUAUAUUCUCUGUUGGUAGUGGUAGUACUUAUGCUUAUGGUGUUUUGGAUAAUCAUUAUAAAUAUGAUAUGUCUGUUAAUGAAGCAGUAGAAUUAGGCAUUAGAGCAAUCUAUCAUGCAACACAUAGAGACACUGCUUCUGGUGGUGUAGUUAGAGGUAAGAAUUAAUAAUAUUUAUUUAAGUUUAUCAUAUUCAUUAGAAUGGAUGGACUAAAGUACAUGAUGGACUUGAUGUAGUUGAUUUACAUUAUCAAUUUGCAUAAUAAAAAGGAUUAGUAGGAGAUGGAGAUGAAGCUAAAUAGAGAUUGUUUUGAUUUAUUAAGC